UAUUACAUGUUGAGCAACUGAAGUAAUUUCUUUUGUUGGUUCAAAUCGAAGUGGUACAUCAAAGUGAUGAAUUUUGUAUCAGUUAAAACACACUUUUAAUAAUCGAACGUCAAUGUGAAAAAACGUAAACAUUUCGUAUGAUGUAUCCAAUCACUUGUUUACUUACAGGUUUAUGGUUGAAAGCUAUAUUUUUAAGCGUUUUUGGAUUAGUUAAAAAAAAUAUAUACUAAAAAUGUCUGGAAAUGAACCCUUCAGUACACCUGAAAAUGUUUCAUCCGAAAACAUCGGAAAUCCUAUUGAUGAAGGUGAUACGGCGGAAAAAAUUAAAGCACCUGCAUCUGAAACUCAAGAAGCUCUUCCUGAGAAAAAAGUGCCACCUUUCUCAGGAAAGCCUCGGACUCGUACCCCAAAGUUAAUGGAUCUCAGGAGGUUGGAUAUCAGAGUGGGGAAAGUGAGGGACGUUGACCUUUUGGAAGACCUUGAAGGUGUCUACACCCUCACCAUAGACGUCAAAACAACUCACAAAAGAACUUCAGAAUAGGUCAACAACACACAAAUGAGGCAGAAGAAAAAAUCUGUUUUGGACCGAGUGUACAAUGAUGAGGAAGACAAUGGACUUUCGUUAUAUCCAGGGUAUCCUGGGACACCACCCCCCACCCCAGAAAAUGGUUGGAUCCCGUAUCAACAUGUCAAGAUCGAGAAUAUCCACGACCCACCGAAAGAUGGUUGUAACCCUCCAAUGGCUGAGGACCCAGUGGACAUCCGUCGCUUCGAGCUCCUUGUCGGCAGAAUUGAAUUCGCCAAAAUUCACCCUGCCAAACCCGACUCCUGGGUGCUUACUUAUGUCGACUGCGGGUUUAAGUUCCCGAUUCCGAUUGUGAGCUCGAUAGGAAAGUUCUACGAUAAAGAAAAGCUAGAGAAACGCAAGGUAGUAGCACUGUGCAAUAUAGAGCCGACAGACGACGCUGUGGCUGGCAAUACUGCUAUGCUGAUGUGUGGAGCCACAGUGAACCACUCCAACCCAGACGAUGUCAUCUACGAACUCUGGAACGUACCUAAGAAGGCCAAGGUUGGUGACCCACUCAGAUGUGAGAACUACCCUUUGUACGCAGACAUGAACUGCCCCGAGAGACCGUUUAUGCACGACAGCGAGAAUACGUUUAAUGACGUCAUCGCUGACAUGAGGAUUAACGAGAGUAGACAAGUUGUGUACAAGAAUGAGAAACUCUUUGUGCGAGGACUAACAGGGAAAUAUAUAAAAACACCUUCUCUUGCUGACUGCGGAAUCAAGGCCUCGUUUGUGUAAUGUUUGUUGAAAGUUCACAUUUGUAUUGUGAAAAUUAUUUGUCCUCCUUUCUUAUAUGUUUCUGAAGAAAGAUUUGUAACCACACUAUGUUACAUUUUGUUUUGUAACUGUUAUGUAUAACUAUUUAUUCAAAACUUUAACAAAUCCUGC